AUUUUUUAUGGCUUCUUGCGUAAAAUGGCAACUUUACGCACACAUGCAUCAUGUUUAUGGAUGUAUACAGUGGUUUAAAGUAGCAUCCAUUUCUUGAAAAUGUUAACUAAAAAUAUGUAGGAAUUAUACGGUCUAUGAGUAAAACCAGGAAAAUGACAUACAUUUAAAGGAAAUAAUGCUGAAAAUGGCUAUUUCAUAUCAGUCCAAAGUUUGGACACACCUUCUCAUUCAAAGCUUUGUGUUUAUUUGUAUUAUUUUCUACAUUGUAGAUUAAUACUGAAGAUUAAAACUUCCUUGUUUACAACAUAAUUUCAUUUGUAUUCUUUUAUAGUUUUGACGUCUCCAGUAUUAAUCUACAAUGUAUAAAAUAAUUAAAUAAUAACCAUUGAAUGAGAAGGUGUGUCCAAUUUUUUUGACUGGUAGGGUCUGAGGUGGAGCAAUUUUGAAAUAUUCAGUAAAAAGAUUGUAGUUAAUACUCAAAACAGGAUCAAUCAGAUGAUUAUUUUCGAAAUUAAUCAUUAAAAAUUCCAUCGCAGUUACCCAAAGUCCGAAGUAACACUGUCACCUGCAAAAAAUAUGAACAAAAAUUUUAAUUAAACAGAAAAGCAGGAAAUUCUCACGUUUAGAGACCAGAAUCAUGAAAUCUGGGAUAUUUUUUUGCUUGCAGUCCAUAAUCCAAAAUGUUGCAAAGUAGCUUCUAAUUACUCUUGAGUAAUUUAUGAUAAUCAUAUUAUAUAGAAUUUUAUGUUUUCUAUGCACAAACCUCUGCCCAAAUCAUCAAUUUUGUGAAUAAUGAAGCGUCAAAUUCUCUAUGAAAUGGGUGGAAUAUAAUUUUAAAGUAACUUACAAUAGGUAUGUCGACACUCAACAUAGUACUUACUUUAAAUGUGUGGCAGAGAGAGAAGAGCGACCUCCUGUGGAUGAAUCAGGAACCUACAGGUCUCCGCUUCCACUAAAUCAGCUGCUCACUGUUGCCAGGAGCAACAGACACCAAACAAACUGAAAAAAACACGGGGAAUCCCUCUGAACACGUCUGCGCUGGAACAUCUCAACUGUCUGGGAGAUUCAGGAGCUGGACUAAAGGAGGAAAACAUGAGCUCACCUCUGUCGAUGCUGAAGAAAACCAGGCGGAUUCCUCUGCAGGUUCCUGCGGAUGAGCAACGGAGCAAACAAAAGGUGCCUUUUAGGAGGAACCUGAUCAAAGAAUUUCAGACAGCUUUAGUUUCUGAUGAUUCUUCUGAUCCCAACAAUCCGCUUUCUUCUCAAACUCCUGCAAAUGAAGCCUCCACUUCAAAAGCCAAAGCUCCAUUAAAGAAAGCUGCUCCGAGCGACUUUGAGCUCAUGACCACUAUGGCUCAGCGAGUGAUCCAACUGGAGAAAACAGUCAAGAGCCAAACACAGGAGAUAGAACGCAAGGAUAAAAGGAUUUCAGCUUUAGAGGAGAAACUGAGGCUUCAGGAAGAAUCGGGCAGAGAUGAUGUUGAAAGAAGAUGCCAACAGCUGCAAAAUCAAGUGAAUGAAAUGGAGAACUUUCUCGGUGAUUAUGGUUUGAUCUGGGUGGGAGAUCAGGAGGACAGAGAUGCUGCUGAAUAUGAGGAGGCACACAGCUCAGGCACAUCUGGUGGCAGCAGCUUCUACAUGAACUUUGACCUCGUGCUGCAGAGGAUCAGGGAUCUGAACAUCCUCUCAGGAGAAGGAGAGUCUUUUGUGGAGAGGACGGCGACUGGAGCUCAGCUGGCCAAGAAGGAUCCUGUUCAACUGAGGCUCUACAGCAACGGCAUCGUCAUGUUCGACGGUCCUUUCCGCUCCUAUCAGGAGCACAGCACCCAACAAUGCAUGCAGGAUCUGAUGGACGGUUAUUUCCCAUCGGAGCUUUCAGAAAGGUUCCCAGAUGGUGUCCCGUUUGAGGUUCAUGACAGACGAGAUGAGGAGUUUGUGUUCAGACUCCCCUGGGAGGCUUUUCCUGGAGAAGGACAGACUGUUUGUGGGAUGAAAGCUGAAGCAGCCAGCUCUCAGUUACCAGGUAAGAAGCUGACCACGGAUCAGUUCCUGAACAAGCUGCCAAAGUUAGUGGUGAAGGGCGGUCGAGUGAUUGACGUCAGAGACUCUGUGAGGGCGACUCUGCAGGGUUCAUCAGCUGAGAGCAGCUCAGUGAUCCUCAUAGAUACACCAGCGCUACAGGCAGUGACAGAGAGACAACAGAUAUCCAGUGCUGUCCAGCUGCCAUCUGCUCAUGACAUCAUCACACUCAAGUUGAGGUCAGAAGAUGGGAAUCACACCUACACAGUGAAAAUGUACUCAUCGGAAACAGUGGGUCACCUGCGGUCGUAUCUGGACCGACACCGAGGCAUCGGUCUGCCCGGUUAUGACAUCAUCAGCGUGCACCCGCAGCGUUGCUACGACGAUAACGGCCAGACGCUCCGCUCAUGUGGACUCACCACAAAUGCAAAUCUGCUGCUGCGAAAGAGGUGACACGGCGAUCCAGCAGCUGAAGAUAAUAAACCUGUACAAGGUUAAGUUUGACCUGCUGACCUUCACAGCAACUGUUAAGGUUUAGUUCAUCUGUGGUUUUCAGGGCCGAUACUGAUUAUUAGUCACCACGAAGACUCAUAACUCAUAUUUGGAACACAUUUGAGGUAAAAAAUUAACAUCUAAGUGUCAACAUUUUUAAUAACUGCCACAAAACACCAUGAAAUGCCUUUAUUUAUGUUUUAAGGGUUUACUUAAAGGAGAACUUUUAAUUUUUAGGCGGCUUUCCACCACAGAAACUCGGGAUAGGUGCAAGGUAGCACCAACAUUACACCAUUUCAGCCUUUUUGUCUCCAAUGCAGUGAAAGAUCCCUCAGCAACAUCCACUUUGUAUUGUCAAACAAUGGCAAAUAGAAGACACUGGACAUAAUUUUGCUUUUAUGAGCGCAUAGGAAACAAAACAAUGGAGGUUUAUGUUAGCGUAUAUGGUGAAUUUUACUUUCGUUUUGUGGGCUCAGCGUUGAGCCCUGUACAGUAGUUUUUUUAGGGAUAUUUUAGAGUAGGAACUUCUCUCCUAAAAACAACCCUGAAAGAGAUUCUAUGGCGCCAUUUCCUGCAGUCAAAACAAGGUCUCGCAGUGGAAAACCGUCUGUUUAUCCUUCAGCGUUUACUGGAUAUUACUUGUGACCUGUAACCAAUCAGAGAGCACUGUGCAGUAAACAGAUAAGCGCAUUUCAAAGUUAAUUUAUUUUAUCAGGCCUUUGUAAUGAUAUAAUCAGAAAAAUGCUGAAUGUCACAUCCAUUUAUCAGUCAAACCCUUGUAGACAUUCUGACUUGUCACAGCAGGAAAAGCACAGGUGUUACUAGUAGUUUGGCUGUGGGCCUUCAUUAAUCUCAUUACUGACACCUGUGCUUUUCCUGCUGUGACAGAACUAGAUGUUUUGGUGCAAAAGGCCCAUCGGUGUCUUAAGAUUUGAGCAGAUACAGAACACAGAUCCAAUACAAGUGCUUCUUUUCCCAAAACUCAUCAGGAUCAUUUUUAUAUAACAUGAGAGACUGCUGUGGCCCCAAAUACAUGAAUAAAUAAAGCUGAUGGUCGGAAAACUACAUUUGACACUGACAAGGUUAACACUACACUGUGUAGAUCUGUCAUGUCAAGCUUGAGACUCAAUCCAGUUAAUAACCAUCACAGUCGAUACCGAUCUAAUGAAAACUGGUGCAUCCCUACAGGGUAUUUCCUGUCUCACCACGGGUCUUUGGGGAGUGACUAAGAAUGACAGUAAGCAUAAUGAGUCUGGGUCACCUUAUUUGACAGAAAUCUAUGCAUUAGCCUGUUACUUCUGACUAUGAUGAACAAAAAUGUUUGUUGUACAACUACAGAAAACUCCAUUCAAUGAAAAUACUGCAGUUAAAGUCAAUCAAUAUGAAGAAAAAAAAAAGCUUGAAACAAAUUAAAACAAACCCAAAUGUUGAAAAUCUUUAUUUCUAAAAUAUGCAAAUACAAACAAGGACAAAAGUAUGAAAAUAUAAACGUCUUUUUCCCUUUUGCAAAACAUUUGAGAUGUUAAGGCAUGCAGAGCCUGACUUUUCAAAAGAUAAAUCUUGUGCUACUUCAGUUUAAAGGUCCCAUGAAAUGAGAAA